CGGGAAUGAGGGCCCCUUUCCCCCCCGCCCGGCACUCCAAGGAUGGGCGGAGCCGGAACCGACGAGCCGGAGCCGAGGACUAGUCCGGGUGGAGGGGGCGGGAAUAAGUGUAACACGACACCGGCUUCGGUCUAGAACAUGGCGUCCCCGUUCCGGCGUCCAGUACGUAGCCCGGGUUGAGGAAGAGCAGUGCAGGGCGGCCCCCGCCAUGGCCUUUCCCCAGCCGAAGCCCCAGAAGCCCGAGCUCCCGCGGAAGCUGCUGCGGACCCUGGAGUGCAGGCAAGGCGCCGUGCGGGCCGUGCGUUUCAAUGUGGAUGGAAACUACUGCCUGACCUGUGGCACUGACAAGUCUCUCAAGCUAUGGAACCCGCAUAAGGGGACACUCCUCAAAACAUACAACGGUCAUGGCUAUGAGGUGCUGGAUGCACACGGAUCCUUUGACAACAGCCACCUGUGUUCCUGCAGCAGUGACAAAACUGUGGUGCUGUGGGACGUGUCCACGGGCCAAGUGGUCCGCAAGUUCCGAGGCCACGCGGGAGUGGUCAACUGUGUACAGUUUAAUGAGGAGGCUACGGUCAUUUUGUCCGGUUCCAUCGACACGAGCAUCCGGUGUUGGGACUGCCGGUCCCGCCGUCCGGACCCCAUUCAGAUCAUGGAUGAGGCCAAAGACGGGGUGUCCAGCGUGAAGGUGUCGGACCACGAGAUCCUGGCUGGCUCUGUCGAUGGCCACAUGAGACGGUACGACCUGCGCAUGGGUGAACUGCAUGCCGAUUACGUGGGAAGUAAGUACCCAAGGGGGAAGCGGGGGCGAAAGCGUCUGGUGGGGGCCCAGGGCCCCCCAGAGCUCCGGCACCUGCCAGCUGCGUGGCCUCUGGGGCCGGAGCCGGCGUGGAUCCGGCCUCACCUCGGGCUACUCGUUCCAGGCCCUGUCACCAGUGUGUGUUUCAGCAAGGAUGGCCAGUGCGUCCUGGCCUCCAGCCUGGACUCGACCCUGCGCCUCCUGGACAAAGACACCGGCGAGAUGCUGGGCGAGUACAGCGGCCACAAGAACCUGGCCUGCAAGCUCGACUGUUGCCUGAGCGAGCAGGACACUCACGUGGGCAGCGGCUCCGAGAAUGGCAAGGUGUACUUCUGGGAUCUGGUGGAGGGCUCCUUGGCCUUGACCCUGCCUGUGGGAGGCGGCGUGGUCCAGUCCUUGGCCUUCCACCCCUCCGAGCCCUGUCUGCUCACUGCCAGCGAGGGCAACGUCCAGUGCUGGCAGGCAGAUUCGUACACAGCCCAAGAAAUCCCAGGCUGAGGCGCCGACCGGACUUGGGCUCGCGUCGCGUGCUUGACGUUCAUUAAAAGGAACGUUCCAGGGC